AUGGGUGCAGGUGCCAUCGGAUAUUCAUCAAAACAUGCACUUUAUGCUGCUGAGCGUGACCGGUGGGGGAAAAUGGCAUAUGCUUCAUCUCUAGCAGAGACAAUUUUGCUUGAAAUCACUGUUGUUCAUGAAGGUGCCAGAGCUCGCAAGAAAUGUGGUAUUACUAUCAGAAAUAUAUGUGAGGGUAAGAAGGAUGUUGAUGCUCAAAUUGACACUCCUGGGCUCAUUGAGCUAGCAUUGGAGACCGUUGUCCCAAAGCUACGCAAAUUUGGUGGAGAAUUUAUCUGGUGUGUUGAGGAAUUCAUAAUCCGAGAUGCUGCAUGGGUGGACCUAUCCAAUCACCCACCAUCAGUCCCAUACUUCUACGAUCAAUGCCUGCAGCCAUCUUGCAAAGGCACCAAAUCGACCUUCAAGUCUAAGCAAUUCAUGCUGAUGGUUGUUGUCCCAGAGGCUCAGUGGAACAAAUAUGAAAAUUGGUUGGAGCAAAUAGAAGCGGAAGCUACCCGAACGAGAUGCACACAAUCUAGUGACGUCAGUUGCAACCUGCCUGCAUCAGCAACAACAACUUCACUCACCGAGAAUGAGCUUUUCUUGCCCUCUGUUACUGGUGACAAUUCUGCGCGGCCUGCAUCAGCAACAACUUCACUCGCUGAGAAUGAACUUUUCUUGCCCUCUGUGAAUGGUGACAAUUCUGUGGUGGUCUCUACCAAGCGAACCCACCAGCGCGGCUCUAGUGGUCUCAGUGGGGCUUCAUCUCCACCUCAGAAGAAGAAUUUACCUGUCACAACCCAAUAA